UUCAUGGAGAAUAUUUCAGAGGUGACUGAAUUUAUUCUUGUGGGGUUAACAGAUACCCCAGAACUCCAGGUUCCUUUAUUUAUCAUCUUCACUCUCAUUUAUUUGAUCACACUGACUGGGAACCUUGGCAUGAUCAUAUUGAUUCUACUGGACUCCCGACUCCACACACCCAUGUACUUCUUCCUCAGUAACCUCUCCCUGGUGGACUUCAUUUAUGCCUCAGCAGUCACUCCCAAAGUAAUGGAAGGGUUUCUCACACAAAACAAGGUCAUAUCCUACAAUGCAUGUGCUACUCAGAUUUUCUUCUUGAUAGCCUUUGCCACUGUUGAAAGUUUCCUCCUUGCUGCAAUGGCUUUUGACCGUCAUGCAGCAGUGUGUAAGCCUCUACAUUACUCAACCUCCAUGACAAGGACCACAUGUGUCCUAAUUGUUACCUGUUGCUACAUCAAUGGAUUGCUCCAAUCCUCCAUUCAUGUUGCUUUCACUUUCCACCUCUCCUUCUGCCAUUCCAAUGUGAUUAAUCACUUUUUCUGUGAUAUUCCUCUAAUACUUGCUCUGUCAUGUUCUGAUACCCACAUAAAUGUGAUUAUAAUCUUUAUGUUGGCUUCAUUUGAUGUUGUUUUUGCUCUCUUGGUUAUCUUGAACUCUUACCUACUUAUUUUCAUUGCCAUCUUGAGGAUGCAUUCAACAGAGGGCCGAAAGAAGGCCUUCUCAACCUGUAAAUCUCAUCUCACCACUGUUUCUCUCUUCUAUGGGACGAUCAUCUUUAUGUACUUACAACCCAACUCCAGUCACUCUAUGGACAGAGACAAAAUGGCAUCGGUGUUUUAUACCAUGAUCAUCCCCAUGUUGAACCCUCUGGUCUAUAGCCUGAGAAACAAAGAGGUCAAGAAGGCAUUCAAAAAGUUUGCUGGAAAAGUACUGUCUUUACUUGGCUUAAUCAAUUAA